CCCUAGAUGUGGACUCCUCCAUCCAGCAGGCCUGUUGGUGGGCACUAAUGGACACUGCCUCUAGAUUUGUGCCACCCUAAGAGAAAAUAGGGUCGUGGCUAACUACCUCUUCCUCUGCCCUUCUGCCUCCUUCCCUACCCUCCUCGCUCUUUAUCUCCACUUCCACUACUAUUUCUCUUUUCCUCCUUUCUGGUGGCUGGUUGACUGCCAUUCUUUGUUCAUCCCUUCCCAACCCCUUGCUCCUUUUCCAAAGCCACCUUUCUGCUAUUUCUCCUCUCCUCCCCUCUGGUGGUUGGUUGACCUGUUCUCUAUCUCUCCUCCUUCUCAACGCGUGAGGAUCCCCCUCCUUUGGACAGGAGCUCUCCUCCGGGUUCCCGCCCGCUGUGCCCGCCUGUGGCCACCGACUAGGUGACGGUGUGCUGGGCAGGAGAGGCCAGGGCCGAUCCCACGAACUGCCUCUCCCUGCAGGCUGAGCAUGCCGGGGUCCGCACCUACUUCUUCAGUGCCGAGAGCCCUGAGGAGCAGGAGUCCUGGAUCCAGGCCAUGGGAGAGGCAGCCCGGGUACAGAUUCCCCCAGCUCAGAGGUCGGCCCCUCAAGCUGUUCGCCACAGCACUGGAAAGGGGUUGGAUCUACUGACAGGGACUCCUUCGGCCUCCCGCAGCCUUGAGAAGCCGGACUCAGAGAAUAUCCCACCCAGCAAACACCAUCAUCAUCACCAUCAGCCCCGAAACAGCAACCCCAAACCAGAGCCUGAGUCCAAGACAAGAGGAGAAGGAGAUGGCCGAGGCUGUGAAAAGACCGAACGGAAGCUGGAGCAGCCAGAAGUCAAGAAAGAACCAUUGGUGAAAGCCAAUGGUGUUCCGGCUGGACCAGAACCAGCAUUGGAGCCAGGCAGCCCCUACCCAGAAGCCCCACGAGUGCCUACUGGUGGGGAGCGAGCAGCCCAACCCAAUGGCUGGCAAUAUAGUUCACCAAGCAGGCCAGGCAGCACUGCUUUUCCACCCCAAGAUGGCGAGAGCAUUGGUCACCGUCGGAGCUUCCCACCACGAACCAACCCAGAUAAGAUCGCUCAGCGCAAAAGUUCCAUGAACCAGCUGCAGCAAUGGGUAAACCUACGUCGGGGAGUACCUCCUCCUGAAGACCUCAGGAGCUGGAAAAGAAAAGACUGGCCUGUAGGGGGCCUAUCAGCCCCAGAUGCCUUGGUGCCGGAAGUGCACCUGAAAGAUCCCAUCCAACAUGGCCGCCAGCUGCUCUUCCGGAAGCGGCCGCCCGGGGUCUCAGAGGCACCGUCCGCUCCCGACACUCUAGUACUUCACGGCGGCUGUCCAUGGUGCCCACGUCGGCCCCUGGAAUCUCCGGUUCCUGUCAGGCCUGGGCCGCCGGACGGGAGGGGAAGCCGUUGGACGAGGCGAGCGACGUUGGAGGGGGGCGGGGCGCGCGACGCUCUGGGCCGCUUCCGGGCCGCCUCGAUGACCGCGCAGACGGCGCUCUAG